UCGCUGUCAGAGCACUGUAGUAUUUCAGGACAGCGAUAGAAGAACAAGGAAAACCGACACCACGGUAUAUUCAAACAUCAAGCUGAGUCUUGUUGUUAUUGUUUUCUGUUUUCACCAUGAAAGCCAUCAGUCCCGUCCGUUCGGUGAGGAGCUGCUACAAGGCCGUGUGCUGCAUUUCGGAGCAGAGUCUCGCCAUCAGCCGGAAUAAACACUCGUGUCUGGAGGAGCCACUGGGCGCCCUGUGCGAUAUGAACGACUGCUACUCGAAGCUGAAGGAGCUGGUACCGAGCAUCCCGCAGAACAAGUCGGUCAGUCAGGUGGAAAUCCUGCAACACGUUAUCGACUACAUCUUCGACCUGCAGAUCGCACUAGAGGCGGAGGACACAGCGACGCCGGAGAUGGUUCUGUCAAUAAAGACUGCGGACCUUGCUCGCAAUUUCUCCAAAGAAGAAGGGCGGUUGUGCCACUAGGAAAAGGAUGACAAAUCACGGUGCAGGGAAACACAUGUCUCCACUUCACUCCGGGCAAGAGGACAAGAGGGGCAGAAAGGGUGGGAUAGGUAUUUGAGAGAGAAGAAGGAGGAGGGAGGUGGAGGGUUUAAAAAGGAAAGACAGGAAAAAGUGGACUGUUUCCUAGAUGAGUGGGGAUCAACAGUGGUUCAUGAGCAACAACACAGAGACUCAUUCUUUGGCCCCUGGACAGACAAAUCAACACACCAAAGCAGAAGUCAGGAUUGGAAACUGAAAGCGACUGGCUUUGUAUGCGCUCAUCCAAAAACCUGGGAUCCCCUAUAGGUAGACGUAGAAACAUUGUUACAUUGUUGUUUGAUUUUCCUUUAUGUGAUGCAUUCCAAACCAACUUUAUGGAGCUUAAACUUCACCCCCAACCUGAACUCUUUGUACAUCAAGUCUCCCGUCAUCUCACAUAAUUAUCCCUGCAUUAAUUCUCCCCUUUAAUCUGAUUUCUAAUGAGACUGUUACAACUUCAUACAGAUGUGUACCUAUCUGCUGUGGGUAUGUAAGGUGUGAGUCAAUUUGGAUGUUGGUAUUUUUUCUGAAUGGGGGUUUGGGUUUUAGGUAUAAUCAGAACUCUAUAAUAGAGUUAAUUGUGAAUGUUUGUGGGGAUUGUGUAAUUUCUACGGACUAUGUGCUGUGAGUUUUAUAAACUCUUUAUUAUAAACUUUGUAUGUAUGUUUGUUAUGUAAUGACAUGAAAUAAAAAAGUUGUAAAAACA